UGAUGAUUGCAAGAAAGAGCAUGCAUCUAGUGCUGAGGAACUAUACUGUCUCUGUAAAACACCUUAUGAUGAAUCAAAGUUCUACAUAGGUUGUGAUAGAUGCCAGGACUGGUUCCAUGGCACCUGUGUUGGAAUAACAAAAUCUCAAGCUGAUAGUAUUGAUGUCUACAUCUGUCCAAACUGCCAGGCAAAUAAUUCACCAUCAGAAACUAAGGCCAAUCAAACAAUUCUCACUACUCAGCACUUUAUUGAGCUACGAAGGAUCGUAAAAAGUCUUCAGUCUCACAAGAUGUCCUGGCCAUUCUUGGAGGCCGUAGACCCAGAAGAAGUGCCAGACUAUUACAGGGUAAUCAAGGAACCAAUGGACUUGACAACAGUUGAAGAUAGAGUCAGCAGGAAACAGUAUAUGAAACUCGGGGAUUAUGUCAGAGACGUCAUGAGAAUAUUUGACAAUUGCAGAUAUUACAACACUGCAGACUCUCCAUUCUAUCAAUGUGCAGAAGUUAUGGAGUCCUAUUUUGUCCAGAAAUUAAAGGCAUUCAAGGAAAGAUUAUAAUAAAUAAUGUACAGAAUGAAUGUAUGUAGUUUGUAGUUGUACUUAUAUUUCAUAUUGAAAGAAGAGGAAGACUGUUAAAGACAAUUUGCAAGCUGACAUUGUGGCAGCAGAUACUGGAUUAAAGGUAUAGAUUUAUAAAAAAAGUAAAAUGUUGAAUGAUUAUGUAAUCCAAGGCUUAUUUUACUAAAUGUAUAUAGAAUAACAUUAUUAAAUUUAAUGUGAUUGACUCACUAUAUUUUGUGGAAGGCAUUCACUAAGAUGUUCCAUUUUUGUACUUAGGCUAAUUGUUUUUUAAGAUCCUGGUGUAUUUUCACUAAACGUAUAUAUUAUUUUCAAUGAAUUCACAAUGCGCAUGAAUGUCCAGGUCUGCUGUACAGUUUGCAUUUUAAAACGAAAUGUCACAAGUAUCAGUAUUUGAUAUUUUGGGCAACUUUUGUUAUUGUUUAUUUGUUGUGUAUCCUAUUUUUGUUAUUAAAAGUACAUUGGCAAGUCAUG